AUGGAAUUACGACUGGGACUCAGGAUCACCCUGGUCUUGGUCAUUCUGGCCUUGAACUUGUCCGGUGAGGCGGUACAAGCACAGAGGGCAGGUUGUAAAAACGUUCACUAUGACUUGGCGUUUAUCCUGGACACGUCAUCCAGCGUGGGAAAGGAGAAUUUUGAAAAGAUCCGUCAGUGGGUGGCCAACCUGGUAGAGUCUUUCGAUGUGGGACCUGAGAAAACGCGGGUGGCUGUAGUGCGUUAUAGUGACAGGCCAACCAUAGAGUUUAACCUGGGCCGCUACAGAAGCUUGGAGGAGGUGAAGAGGGCCGCUCGGAACAUACGGUACCUGGGGGGGAAUACGAUGACCGGGGACGCUAUUAGCUAUACCACCACCAACAUUUUCACUGAGCGAAAUGGAGCCAGAUCCAGGGCCCGCGGCAUCCAGAGAGUAGCCAUCCUUCUCACAGAUGGUCGGAGCCAGGAUUAUGUCCUGGAGCCCUCCAAGGCAGCGACCGUGGCUGGAAUCAGGAUGUUUGCUGUGGGCAUUGGGGAAGCGCUCAAGGAGGAACUGGAAGAGAUUGCAGCAGAGCCCAAAAAUGCCCAUGUUUUCCAUGUGACUGACUUCAAUGCCAUCGACAGGAUCAGGGGCAGACUAAGGAAAAGGCUGUGCGAAAACGUGCUGUGUCCAAACAUGAAAGUUCAACCUGAUCGCUUCAAGCCCAACAGCACAAGUUAUGGUCUUGGUGAGGUUCCAGGAUUUGACCUGAUGGAACAUUUCAACGUGAAGGACAUUCUUGGGACCAGAGACGACGAAGACCAGAGUUCAUAUGUUCGACUUGGUACUAUGCCAAUAGUGCAGCAGACUGAAGAUGUGUUUUCUCAGGGCCUACCAGAUGAAUAUGCAUUUGUGACCACAUUCAAGUUCAGGAAAACCUCAAGACGUGAGGACUGGUAUCUGUGGCAAGUCUAUGACAAAUAUGGAAUCCCCCAGGUAUCAAUCCGUUUGGACGGCGAGAACAAGGCGGUAGAGUACAAUGCCGCUGGAGUCACAAAGGAUGCAGUCCGAGCCGUGUUCAAGAACCCCGAGGUGGAAGACCUGUUUGACCGCAACUGGCACAAGAUCGCCAUCAGCGUGGAGGCCAAGGCUGUGUCCCUCUACCUGGACUGCAAGAAGAUUGCCACACUGCCCCUAGAGGAGAGAGAGGACAUUGACAUUCAAGGAAAGACCGUCAUAGGAAAAAGAUUAUAUGACAGUGUACCCAUUGAUUUUGAUCUUCAGAGGAUGAUGAUUUACUGUGACGCCAAACAUGCAGAGCUUGAGACGUGCUGUGAUCUACCCACUGGGCCAUGUCCCAAAAAGGUUGUGACUGAAGCUCCUCCAGUUGAGAUCCCUACUCCGACCCCCAGAAGCGCAGAGCAGAAAGGUCCUGAAGUGAACUGCUCAUGCACUGUUGGAGAGAAGGGAGAGAUUGGUGAACCUGGUGUGACAGGUCCCAAGGGUGAAAAGGGCGACACAGGUGCUACAGGUGCAGCUGGACCAUCUGGCAUCAAAGGAGAAAAGGGCGAAACUGGCAAAGUAAUCUCUGUCAAAGGCGACAGAGGGGAGAAGGGUGACGCAGGCAGAAUAGGAUUAACAGGUGCUGCUGGACUAAAAGGAGAGAAGGGGCUUGGAGGUGUUCCUGGCAUUGAUGGUUUAUCUGGGGACAAAGGAGACAAAGGUGAAGCAGGGUCACCAGGGAGUAAGGGGGCGCUUGGUCCUGCUGGUCCAAAGGGAAUUCAAGGUGAUUCCGGAAAUCCUGGUGCCCCUGGACUAAGAGGUGUAACUGGGGAAAAUGGUAACAAAGGUGAAAAAGGCGUACCUGGUGCCCCAGGCCUGGCUGGUGUUGACGGACUUCCCGGAAAUAAUGGCGUUCCAGGAAAAGAUGGGUUGAGAGGACUGGCUGGCACUCCUGGGCCAAGCGGGAUUAAGGGAGACAAGGGGGAACGUGGUCUUCCUGGAAUACCUGGAGAUGUAGUUCAGAAGGAAGGAAUAAGAGGAGAUAAGGGAGUUGCUGGACCCCCGGGACCUCCUGGAGCUGACGGACCCCCUGGGCCUCCUGGUCCUCCCGGUGUUCAAGGUUUCCCCGGAGCGCCUGGGGAAUUCGGCCAAAGGGGAAAGAAAGGGGAGAAUGGUUUGCCUGGAGUCGAUGGCCUUCCUGGACCUGUUGGUCCUCAAGGUCCACCUGGGACAUCAGGAAGCCCCGGACAAACUGGACCACCUGGUCUGCCUGGUGAAAUUGGAUUCUCUGGCAAACCAGGAGAGAUGGGAAAACCUGGUCUCCCUGGUAAAGACGGCUUGGACGGUCUUCCUGGAACUGACGGCGCUCCAGGCCCCAGAGGAGAGCGAGGAGCCGACGGAGCAGACGGAAAGCUGGGGCUUAAGGGUGAUGAAGGGCCUCCGGGACCAAGGGGCCCCCCAGGAGAGAGAGGAGAAGCUGGGGUACCUGGACAGAGCGGGGCUGAUGGGGCGAGAGGAGACAGAGGUGUCGCUGGAGAAAGGGGCAUAGACGGGCACAUCGGGCCUAAGGGAGAAAAGGGCGACAAGGGUGAAGUGGGUGCUCGGGGACUUCCAGGAGCGCCAGGAAAUGUUGCAAGUGUCAUUCCUGAACCCGGUGAACCGGGAAAACCUGGAGAGAAAGGAACAAAGGGUGAUCAAGGGAAACCUGGAGAGAUUGGCCAGAGAGGGUUACCUGGAGAACAAGGCUUUAAGGGUGGCCCCGGACUGCCAGGCCCUAAAGGAGAUACUGGACUUCAGGGGGAGACAGGACGAGUGGGCGACCCUGGGCCACCUGGCAUUGCUGGGUCUCAAGGAGCUCGGGGUCUGCCAGGAAAUGUGGGUUUACCGGGCGUCAUUGGGCCGCCAGGGCCUGCUGGACUCCGAGGAGACAAGGGUGACCCAGGUAAACCAGGACCGAUCGGCAACAUUGGUCCACCUGGGGAGCCUGGAUUGAUUGGGCCUCCUGGACCGGCUGGGAGAGGAAAGGAUGGUCAAAAUGGAGAACCAGGACCACAAGGAAUUCAAGGACCUCCAGGACUGAAGGGGCCACAAGGGCCAAGGGGAGACCCAGGACCCCAGGGUGAAAGAGGGCUACCUGGAGAGGGCAAGAAUGGACCACCGGGACCUGCUGGAAAUAACGGAGAAACUGGACCUGCGGGAUUGAGAGGACCACCAGGCGUUGCUGGUCCCCAGGGUCCUGCUGGGCAUAAUGGGCUACCUGGAAGGCCAGGAGAGAAGGGAUCCCCUGGAGAGCCUGGUAAAGUGUCUGACCUGCCGGAUCUCAAAGACAUAUGCUCAGAUUGCCCAGCGGGCCCCCCUGGCCCACCUGGCAUGCCCGGCCUUCCUGGGGAUAAGGGGCACACAGGUCCCCCAGGAAAAAGUGGACAAGAUGGCUUCCAGGGCCCAGCAGGACCAGUCGGACCUCAGGGGCCUCCAGGGACUGAUGGCACAAAGGGCAUCAAAGGAGACCGAGGCCCAGCUGGUUCUGCAGGAGACAAAGGAGACAAGGGUCACCCAGGUCCCCCUGGUCAUCCCGGGCCACCUGGAAUAAUGGGAUCAGCUGGUAGCGAUGGACAACCUGGCCCUCCUGGUCCCCCAGGGCCCCCUGGAGAAAAGGGCAAAGAGGGUCUCAAAGGGAUUCAGGGACCACCAGGUCUUCCGGGAUUAAUGGGCCCAGCUGGAAAAAUUGGAAAAGAUGGUCACCCAGGUGAACAGGGGGAGUCUGGCAAACAAGGAGAGCCUGGACCUCCCGGACCGUCGGGGCUCAGGGGACUUCCCGGAUUUAAAGGCCACAGAGGGGAACCUGGACUUCCAGGGCAGAAGGGUGAAGAUGGGAAGCCCGGUGCUCCUGGUCGAGAAGGAAAAUCAGGGAAAGAGGGUCCAAAAGGGCCCCCUGGACCCGAGGGCAUGAUGGGACCUCGAGGAGAGUCGGGCAAACCAGGUGAGCCAGGACCAUCAGGAAAAGCCGGCCUUCCAGGAACCCCUGGGCUGAUGGGUAACAAGGGAGAGCCAGGCAGCCCUGGAUUACCCGGCUUUAGUGGGCCCAAAGGACCUGCGGGUCCUCCUGGUCCUAACGGCCCCGAGGGUAAACAGGGAAUGCCCGGCCGAGGUGGAGAUCGAGGAAUAAAGGGGGAUAAGGGUGACCCUGGCACAAAAGGAGACAAAGGACAUGGAGGAGAUCCAGGAAUCCCAGGAAACCCUGGCCCCCCGGGCAGGAAGGGACACACUGGCAUGAUGGGAAUGACAGGACCACAAGGAGAAAUUGGACCACCUGGACCUCAGGGACAGUCUGGAAACCCUGGUCAGCCUGGACCAAGAGGAGAGUCAGCGUCACUGGAGCAGAUGAGACGUCUCAUCCAGGAGGAGCUGGCCAAACAACUGGAUGCCAAACUGGCCUACCUCAUGGCUCAGAUGCAGCCCGCUCAUGUGAAGACCACUGCUGGCAGACCUGGACCUCCAGGGCCUCCUGGUAAAGAUGGCAGUGCAGGAAGAGCAGGUCCCCCUGGAGAACCUGGAAUGCCUGGCCAGAAUGGAGGAGAAGGGCAGAGAGGCCCCAUGGGCCCUCCAGGUGAAAAGGGGGCACGAGGCGAGAAGGGGGAGGCUGGUGUUGGCGAUAGAGGAGAGCCUGGACCCUCUGGGCCUAUAGGCCCUGCUGGUUUACCUGGUUAUGGUAAAGAUGGAAGCCCAGGACAAGCCGGAGCACAGGGAGAGCCAGGCAACCCGGGCCCCCAUGGGCAGCCUGGACCUCCAGGACCUGUGGGUCAGUGUGACCCCUCACAGUGUGCCUACUAUGCCAGCCUGGCACAGAGACCCCACACAAAGAAUGUGAAGGGGACUUAG